AUGUAUCGGUGCCCCUGGCGGGAAGGGGAGGGAGAGGGCCCCCACAAAUUCAUGUGGAUAAGGUCGAGCGGAGCUGCAGCAAAGGAGGGAUGGCUUGGAUGGGGGGACUAUUUGAGCUUGCCAUGUUUGCAGGAUGUGCAGGGGGGAGCGAAGGAGGAGGGGAGAGGAGGAAGGGUGGCAGGGAGGCUGUCAAGGAGCGGGCCCGCGGCAGCGCAGGGCCGCGGAAGUGGCGGAGGAGAUCGCGGAGGGGGAAGCGGCGGGCGUGGCGCGAAAAGAGGGGGAGGCAGGGGCGGGGGCGCUAGCGACGGCGGCGGGACUGUAGGCGGACGCGGGCGGGGAGCGGGCGGAGGGGGGGUAGCUGGCGGAGGAGCCGGCGCGGGCAUUGGCGCAAGCUCCAACUGGUCUGGCGGAGCCGGGGGAAGCGGAAGGGGAGGGGGGGAUGCGCGCACAGGCGGAAGCGGACCAGGCAGGGGCGGCGGUGCUGGAGGCGGGGGAGCAGGGGGGUGGGGACCGAACCGUAGCAUGGGUACUUAUAGUAGCAUGGGGGGUAAUAGUAGUACCGCAAGCAACAGCGCUAGCAGCACCGCCGCCGCCAGUUCCACUUCGUCUUCCGCUGCUCCUACCGCUGGCGGAUUCCCCACUUCCGCCGUGGUCUCCCAGCCUUCCGCGUUCCCUUCCGCGUUCCCCUCCGCCAUGCGCCCGCUCCCCUUCAUCACGGACCCCGCGCGCCUGGCGCAGCAAGAGCUGAGAGGAGGGGGAGGCGGAGGCGGAGGAGGAGGGGGAGGGGAGGCGGAGAGGGAAGCUGACGUGGCGUGUGGUCAUAAAUGCACGUUGCUGUGUCACCCCGGCCCCUGUCCCCCGUGUCCCCAGCUCAUUCGCUCCUGCUGCCACUGUGGCAAGAAAGAGGAUGUUUGCCGCUGCGGGCAGCAUGAAUUUUCCUGCGCUGCCCGCUGCGGCAGCCGCCUCGCCUGCGGCAUCCACUCCUGCGACGCCACGUGUCAUCCGGCCUUUGGCUUGCGGGCGGCACGUGUGUGCGGAGCGGUGCCACGUGGGGGAGUGCUCGAAAACGUGCAUUAUCGUGGUGGUGAAGGGGUGCCGGUGCGGCGGAGUGACGAAAGAGAGUCAGUAAAGAGCUCCCCUGCCACCAGGAGUAUCUGUGUGAUCGCCGCUGCCAGCGUGGCAGGCCGUGCGGGCGCCACCUGUGCAAGCGCCGCUGCUGUGCUGGCGACUGCCCCCCCUGCCCCGAGGUGUGCGGUCGCAAGCUACGGUGUGGUAACCACAAGUGUCCCGCUCCUUGCCACAGUGCGCAUUGCAUGCUUCUGUGGCACCACUGCUUUUUCCGUGGUGGCCUGUGGAGAAGAGAAGCAGCAGCGCCCACCUAGGUGCCACAUGCACUGCCCUUCACAGUGCAUGCUGUGCACCUCAUCCAUGCUGCCCCCUCUACCUCCUCUCCCUCCCCCCUCUCUUCUCCAUCGCUCUCUUAGGUUCCCUGUGGAGAAGAGAAGCAGCAGCAGCGCCCACCUAGCGGAGAAGCAGCAGCGCCCACCUAGGUGCCACAUGCACUGCUCCAUACCCCCGGACCCUGGUUGCCCUCUCUCCUCAUAUGCUCGCUCGCUCCCUUCCCUUCUCCCCUCCAUGCCUCUCAGGUCCCCUGUGGAGCGGAGAAGCAGCAGCGCCCACCCAGAUGCCACAUGCACUGCUCCAUACCCCCGGACCCUGGUUGCCCUCUCUCCUCAUAUGCUCGCUCGCUCCCUUCCCUUCUCCCCUCCAUGCCUCUCAGGUCCCCUGUGGAGCGGAGAAGCAGCAGCGCCCACCCAGAUGCCACAUGCACUGCUCCAUACCCCCGGACCCUGGUUGCCCUCUCUCCUCAUAUGCUCGCUCGCUCCCUUCCCUUCUCCCCUCCAUGCCUCUCAGGUCCCCUGUGGAGCAGAGAAGCAGCAGCGCCCUCCCAGGUGCCACAUGCGCUGCCCCGUGCCCCCCACAUGCCACCACGGGGAUUCCUGUCGGGUGUCUUCUCAGGUGUUUUUUUCAUCAUCAUUGGAAGCUUACAACGCUGCUAAUCUUCCCCCCCACCAGGUGGCACGACCACACCCCCCCGCCUCCCAGCCGGCCCGUCUCUCCAGUGAGCCUUCUAGAAAGAAGAAGAAAGGGAAGAAGAAGGUUAAGGAGGAGGAUGAUUCGAUUCGAUGCAUCGAGAGAGAGGAGAGAUCCUUCUCACUGAUCUUUCCUCUUCCCCUCCCUUUCCCCCCUCUUCCCCUCCCUUUCCUUCCCCUUCCUUCCCCUUCCUUCCUUUCCCACCAGGUGUCACGGCCCCCGCCCGGCUCCCAACCCUCCUUUCUCCCUUGA